GUGAACAAAGAAAACUCUAUCCUUAAUUUACUUUGCUUCCUUGUUUCUUAAAAUCUUACCAAAAAAGAAAGAUAAUAUGAAGAGAGAACGAUCUGAGUUCGAAGAGUCCAUCAAGAAUCUAGACAUUGCUAAAUGUCUAAUGAUACUAGCUCAAACAUCCUCCAUGGUCAAACAGAUUGGUGUGAAUCAAUAUGCCGAGAGCAAUUCAAGUAACCGGUUCGAAUGCAAAACGUGUAACAAGAGAUUCUCUUCGUUUCAAGCCCUUGGUGGCCACCGUGCAAGCCAUAAGAAGCCAAAGCUAACCGUUGACCAAAAGGUGGUGAAACAAUAUCUUACCAAAGAAGGAACUCAAGCCCAUGAGUGUACAAUAUGCGGUCAGAGUUUCGGGACCGGACAGGCUUUAGGCGGUCACAUGAGACGGCAUAGGUCAAGCAUGAUGGUGGAGCCAUCGGAGCUCAUCUCUCCUGUGAUUCAUGACAUGCCGGUUCUGAAACGAUGUAGUAGUAGCAAGAGGGUUUUGUCUUUGGAUUUGAAUUUAACUCCCUUAGAGAAUGAUCUUGAAAUUCUUUUUGGGAAGACGUUUUUCCCAAACAUAGAUAUGAAGUUUGUUGUUUAGUUUUUUCUUUGUUCUGUUCAUCAAUCAUGUAGGUUAUUGAAAUUCUUCUGUACUGUUAUUCUCCCAUUCUUUUAAUUAAUUAUUUCAAACGCUA